AUGACUAUGACCCACUCAGUGCUGGCCAUCCCAGUGGUGGCCAUGUCAGUGCUGUGUAUGCUUCGUGCUCCUCUCUCUGCACGUGCUGCAGAGUGCAGCAUGGGAGAGGGCAGUGCUGGCAACGUUGCCGCCGCAGAUCCCACGACUCUGAUCCAGAAGCGCGAGGCAGUCAAGGCCGUCAAGGCCAUGGAUUUCCAUGACUCCCACAAGGAUGGCCACGCUUCGGAAACGGAAAGAGGCAGAGAAAUGGCCUCACCUCCAGGGGCUCCCUGGACAGCUGUGGAAAUUAAGAGGGUCAAGAAGAAGCUUCGGAACAUGAUGCAAAAUCCUGCCAAAGCCAUCUCAGAGGCUAACAUCCAGGUCGAAAAAGCAGAUCGCUAUGGACCGAGUCCUGCCAGGGUCGUGCGUCUUGUUUUCGGUACUGGUGGCUGCGAUGGCUGUCUGGAUUGGCAGGGAGUCGGUCGUCGCUCGCUGACGACGGCGCUCGAGCACAUCUACACAAGAACAGACUACCCGAGCGGCACUCCUGUCCUCGAUGCCUCCCUGAAAAGCACCAAUAAGUCUCGGGCAGAUUUGUGGGCCCUCGCAGGUACAGUGGCUGUGGAUGUCGCCAUGGAGCUGAACAACAAGGUUUGCGACGCUCCCGAGAUCGGUGCUGAGGGUCAAUACCAUCCCCGCUGGGGCCAUUCAGAUUGCAGGGUCGCGGCACCCCGGAAAAUCAUCUUCAAGACAGGCCGCCGAGACUGCUCCGGGCAUCCAUUUGAGGAGGCUUUCGAGCCUGCUCUGCAGGGAAUCGAGAGGAGGUCCUACAUGACGAGCAAGCGUGAAGCUCACCCAGAUCCGCAUGGGGAUGGCUGGAAGACCUUGACAUAUUUCAAGAAAAACUUUGGUUUCAGCGGGCGAGAAGUCGUAGCAAUCAUGGGUGCCCACACGAUAGGCACUUUCCAUUAUAACUGGAAGUUCUCCCACAAGAUCUUCAACAAUGGCUACUACCGGCUCCUUACACUGAAGCGCGACUGGUCCCAGACCGGCAUCGUCGUGAAUGGCAAAAGGCUGAACUACAAGGACAUCAAAGGCGAACAUCCUCCUGGAGUGUGGGUUGCCGAGGAGUGGCGCGAACUGCCCAAUGGCGGUCCAUUCCAAGUAGUCAAAAAGAAGGUCGCCUGCACUCCUUGCGAUGCCCCUCCUGGCCAUGCGUGGUGGGACAAGUGGUCAGUGUCUCGUUUCGGUAGGCCUGUCAUGAACCACACUUUCUGCUGCACAAACUUGAAGGAGGGGAAUUUCUGCAACCCUCAAUGCGUGCAUGAGUUCGAUGAUGCGGGCAUUCAUGAAACGAUGCUACCCAGCGACCUCAGUCUGCACAGAAAGCUGUUUCAAAAUGAUGACGGGGUGCCGCAGGGCUGUGGUCGCUGGAACGGGAAAUGGAAGGGUUCCCUGGACUGCGGCGACGCAUACUUCUCUGUGGGCGACGUGGUUGAAGAGUUUGCAGAGAACCAGACUUCCUGGUUGGCGGAGUUCUUCGACGCAUACGAGAAGAUGCUGUCCAAUGGCUACGCUGCUGACGAGCUCACUGACGUACGGGCUGCGGCGCCCUAA